ACAUCAUGAUGGGCAUAAAACGCAGAGGUACGAAACUGAGCUGUCACAAACUCUAAGACGCGCCACCUUUAAUUUUCAGUUCGUUCAACAGAUUUUCGGGAUAUUUUCAAUGGAGAUUCAUAAGGAGAAAAACAAAACGAAAUCAAACAGCAGGUUUAGCAACAUCAAGCUCUUUGUUCUUUGCCAGAGUCUGCUGCAGUUUUCUCAGCUGCUUCAUUCUACCUAUUUAAAGAGCUGCAUCACCACCUUGGAGAAACGGUUUGGGCUCAGCAGUCAGUCCUCAGGUACCAUCACCUCCUUAAACGAGGUGGGGAAUUCACUGCUAAUCGUGUUUGUAAGUUACUUUGGGAGGCGUGUCCAUCGGCCACGUCUCAUCGGGCUGGGUGGCCUGCUUAUGUCCAUAAGCGCAAUGAUGCUGGCUCUGCCUCACUUCCUCUCGCAACCUUACACAUACAAUUCUGUUUUACUAGGUGCCGGGACACUGAUUGACAGGCUCCCUGACCAAUCAGUAACAAAAAAGAAAGAGCUGUGCAUACCUCGAACAAACUUCUCUGAAACCAGCACCUGUGGACAACAGGAUUACCAGCAGCUCACGGACACCAACAUUAUGUGGAAAAUUAUGACUAUUGCUCAACUACUCUUUGGCAUUGGUUCUGUGCCAAUCCAGCCUUUCGGCAUUUCUUAUGUGGAUGACUUUGCUGGACCCAGGAAUGCCCCGCUUUAUAUUGCUGUUCUUUUCGCUGUGUCUGUGUUUGGCCCAGCCUUUGGAUUUCUUCUGGGCUCUGUGAUGCUGAAGAUUUAUGUUAACAUUGAUAAGCCUGAACCAAGUAGUCUUUUGGAGCUGAAACUGAGUGACCAGCGCUGGGUAGGCGCUUGGUGGCUGGGUCUGCUGGUCUCCUCAGGGUGCUUGGCUCUUACUUCUUUGCCCUACUUUGCUUUUCCUCGGGAGAUGCAGGCAAGCAAAGCUGAAGUGGACAUUUUUACUGAAGAUUCAGAGAAGCCAAAUAUGACAUUACUGGAAUUCUUGAAGAUGUUUCCUCGGCUCUUUGUAAAGCUUCUGGUGAGCCCAUUUUUUCUACUGCUGGUCUUGGCCCAGUGCUCCUUCUCAUCUGUGAUUGCAGCUCUGUCCACCUUCCUCAAUAAGUUCCUGGAGUGCCAGUAUCAUGCCCCAGCCAGCUACAGCAGCCUUUUGAUUGGGACAAUGAACCUGCCAGCAGUUGCUAUAGGGAUGUUGCUGGGUGGUGUAAUUAUGAAAUACAGCAACAUGUCCCUCAAGGCCAUACCCAGGUUCUCCUUAGCCAUGAUCUUAAUCUCCACCCUUCUCUGUGUGCCAAUCUUCUUCAUGGGUUGUGCCACACAAAGGAUUGCCAGUGUCAACUGGAACAUUACAGAUCAUUUUGGAGAGGAAAGCAGAUCUUUUAAUAUGUGCAAUCUCAACUGCUCCUGCCCAAGCACUGCUUUCAAUCCUGUGUGUGGCACCAACGACAUUGAGUAUAUCUCACCCUGCCAUGCUGGCUGCAACAAUUUUACCAUGGACCCUCUAAAUCUCAAAAUCCAGGUAUACACCAAUUGCAGCUGUGUUCGUGAUGGUGACAUACUCGGAAGCACUUACCCCGGCGCCUGCAGCAACAGCUGCUCCCACUACCUCCUGCCUUUCAUAAUUCUUAUUUCUGUCGCUGGCCUCAUCGCUAGUCUAUCCCACAACCCUGUGUACAUGAUGGUGCUCAGAACUGUACCCAAUGACGAAAAGUCAUUUGCAAUAGGAAUUCAGUUCUUGAUUAUGCGACUUCUUGCCUGGCUGCCUGCUCCAGCCCUCUUUGGCCUGGCCAUUGACUCCACAUGCUUGAGGUGGAAGUGGAUCUGUGGGAAUAAGCAGGGCUGCACUUAUUACGACAAUGACCUUUUUAGAAACAGGUAUCUGGGCCUCCAGGUAGCAUAUAAAGUGAUGGGGAUUUUGCUGUUGGCCCUAGUAGGUUGGAAGGUAAAGCGUACAGGGGAGUACAGACUCGAAGUGCCAUUUAAAGAGCUCCUAUGAUAUGGAAGAUCAAGUCUGCCCUGAUGGUUUGGAAGCUUUGAUGCUCAUGAAAUUAAUGAAUAAGUAAAUCAAUCAAAGAAUUGGUAGGAUGGAUGACUGGUUGAAUGAAUCCAUGUAUGAUUGAGUGCCUUUGGGCUUCUCUGUAAUGUGCUAAUUCAAACUUGAACUGCCUUUCAGUGCAAUGCCUUAUAAUGGGCACUAUUUCCCUGUUGAGUCACGGAGAUGGAAUACCGUGGCAUAUUUUUUUUUGGAUAUUACAAAUUAUACUGUAUUUGAAUUUUUUGUUAAUACCUACUGUCUGUGGAUAUAAUUCAUUAUUCAAAAACAAUAGUUUAUUAAAUAAUAAUGCUUUCCAUUCUUGAUAUUUGAACAAAUCUUCUUAAUAGACAUUGUAGAUGUACUGUCUUAAAUUAAUAUGUGUAAUUAUGUAUCAGUAGUAGUAUCUUUUACAUUGGAGUAAAUAACAUUAUGAAUUUGUGUAUUUCAGUUCACUUGUGCAUGCAGUGGCAGAUAAUGUAAUCAUUUAUUAAUGAGACUGCUUUGAAACAUUUUUCGGCACAUCCUACUUCCUGUUUUUACCCAUCAUUGCAGGUGUCAAAAUAAAGGCACCACAGUUA